AUGGCUAGAAAGAGUAGGACAGUGGCCGAGGAGAUCGCCAAGGAGCUUUCAAAGCCCGUAUUCAAGGACGUGGACAUUGAAAACGAGCCAAAUAGCUCGUCUGAAGGAAGCGACGAUGAGGUGUCCCGCGAACACUACGUUCAGAACCGCAGCAGAUUAAGAGGAGUGGAAGUGGGCGAGAAUUACAAGGGAAAGAAGGUGAGUCGUGGUGAUCUAUACGACGAGGACGAAGCCAGAAGUGAGGGCAGCGAAUCUGAGGAGGCAGAGUCUAACGAUUCUGAUAUCUUAGCAGAUGUGACUGAUAGUGAAGUUGAAGAGGGAAGCGAUAAUAGUGAGGAAAGCGAGGAGGGUGAGAGCGAGCAGGAGAGCGGACACAACGAUUCCGACGCAUCGUCGGUGGGCGACUCAUACAAGCGGGAGAGAAUAUCACAGCUGCUGGCAGAAGAAAAAAAGCAAAUCAUCUCGAGGCUAUCUGCUACCGCCAAGAGCGAUGCUAUCAAGGGAUACGCUAUUCUGAGCCAGCAUCGAAUAUUUGAUCUUAUUUUGGACAGUCGGAUCAAACUACAAAAAGCCAUUGUGUCUGCCAAUCAACUACCACUAAACACAGAAAUAUACGAUUCGCUAUCCAAGAAGGAAAAGAAAGAGGUUGAAAAAGUGCAGGAAAAGGUCUUCGAGCUUUUGGAAAAGACGAUUAAUGUGCGCAGAAAACUAUAUGCUAAAGACAAAAUUGAGCCUCCUGCUGCCAGCACCAAAAAGAGAUCACUGGCUUCGCUGUACGAAGAGACUAGCGAGUUUGAUUCCGUUUUGGAACCGUUCAAAAAGAAUGUUUUGGUGAAGUGGUCUGCAAAAGUGCAGGCCGCAUCCGGCUCGUCUGCUCUUCAAUCCGGCAAGUUCCAGACCAUCAACCAAGACGCAUAUUCUCAAGUCCAGAGCAAUCUUCAGGAUAUGGAGAGAUUGGUGAAGAGAACGAAGCUGAAUCGCCGCGGUGUGACUCCGUUGGGCAUGGAAAAAGACCAAGAGCCAAUUCUAUUCGACGACGACGAUUUCUACAGAGUUUUGCUGAACGACAUGGUGGAUAAAAAGAUUUCUGACAAAGCGGCCUCGUCUGCUGCGAUUGUGACAAUGAGCUCGAACAGAAUACACAAGAACUACGACCGCAAGGCUACAAAGGGCCGCAAACUGAAGUACACUGUGCAGGAGCCGUUGCAACAGUUUGAAGUUCCAAAGAGGAGCGAGUGGGCAUGGAACGACGACCAGAUCGAUGAGUUCUUCGCAUCGUUGCUGGGCAGAAAAAUAGAUAUGGGAGAAGAGGCUGAGGAACUUGAGCCUGAGGAGGGAGAAGCUAUAUUAAAGUCCGACCUCAAGCUGUUUGGAUAA